GGGGUAGCAUACGGCUUGUACUGGACACACCAACAAACGAGGUCUGACUCGCUUAACGCGCAAUCGUCGAUUUAGGAAAGUUUACAAAGUACAAUAUCUAAAAAAAAAAACACCACUCGAACUGUAGCCAAACAUUUGAAAUCACAUUCCGGCGUCGGGAAAAAAAGUAUAAAAACCAAUUAACAAGAUCAGACCAUGCCGCACAAAAUCAAUGUGGUCCUCGUAAUGCUGGCUACCGUUGCAGCCGUUUCGGCCGACUCGCCAAUGAAUCGACGGGCCAGCAUGGGUUUUAUGGGCAUGAGGGGCAAAAAGGACCAAGAAUCUGGCGGAGAAACACCGGCGGGUCUCGAGCUGGACAAAAGGGCGUUGCUGUUCAGGAGGCCGUUUUUCGAAGAUUCCAGGUCGGCGGCGGCAAUGGCGGCGGCGGCGACGGCCAACUCUGCCGAGGGAUUUAAGCGGGCCAUGGGCUUUGUGGGCAUGCGAGGAAAAAAGCAAUACUACAGUAAAGGGUCGCCCGGUUUCUUCGGCAUGCGCGGCAAGAAGGUACCGUCGGAAGCGUUUUUCGGCGUCAGAGGUAAGAAGUGGCCGGAGGUGGACGACAGAGACGUCGAACAGGCAGUGAUGGCUUUGCACAAGAUUAUCAACAAUAUGCGAUCCGAAGGAGAACGAAAUUACGUGGCGACGAAAUUCGACGAAGAAAAAGAAAUGCGCUGAUUUUAUUUUUAUUUUAGAAUUAAAAAAAACUGUAGCACGAUAUUGAAAUAAUUAUGAGUUUCUAUACACAUCUACCAUCAAUUCCUAUUGAAUAAGUUAAUAUUAUAUUAUGUAGUUAAUACGGCGUUUAAAAUAUUAUAAUAAAAACUUAAUUGUAUAAAGUAACAAACUACGUAUAUUAUCUUAGUUUCGUUUGUCUGUGUUUGAGUUAGUUGAUAUUAUAUUAAUAUUAUGUUGUUUUA